AAAAAUUGAUAACCAUGAUGAAAUUUUUCUAGAAAGACCAUGACAAUAAAUUAUUGGAAAGUGGAAAAUUUCUGCGAGGAAGCCGUAUUCUUCUUGAAGUAGCCAUCUAGAAGUUCAUCUGAAUUGUAUUGUGUGUGAAAUUGAAGUACUUUUGAUGUAAAUAUUGUUUCUGAGCGAACCUCUCUCAAUUCUUCGAAAAGAUGCAUUCAACAUAGUCAAUUCAACCAUUAAUACACACUCUCGAUAAUCGUGUGUUUGCAGCACAAUGAAUGUGGACGAAGACUCAGAAAAGGUUGCGGAAGAAAACGAAGAAAAUGAUUCGACCGAUUCCGGUCAUAACUUAGCAUACAGCCCUGUCAAAUCCACAGCUAUCGUGAAGUAUUCUGCGGUUGAAUCGCCUGCCACAUUUGCUCUGUUAGAAUGUAAUACAGAUUUAAAUUUACCACCUGCAAAUUGGCUGAGUAGCUCGGCAGAAUCGUACGGAUUACGAUAUGUGCUGUCCAACUCGACCGAGUUUUCAAGCUUGCGUAUGGCAGACAUGUUCCCCGAUUGUGUGGGUGAAGUGGAUGUCAUUUCUGACGCAGAAAAUGUGAAAAAACUCUUGAAAUUACCAUACAGUAGAGGCCCGGUGAGCAUGUUGGUUCAUCGGGUCAAAGCCACUUUGCUAAUAGAUGAUUUCGAUAUUCACAAAUUUCUAUUCAAAUCAGCCGAAAUAAAUUGGCAUGCGCUGAAAAACUUUUUACUGGAAAACGUUUUCCAUUCUGUGGAAAAUACAAAAAAAUGCAUUACCCAUGAAAGCAAGCGACGUUAUACGUUACAAGAAGAAAAUUUGAUUUCCAAAUUUUUGUAUCAUAGUAUUGGCCACCUGGAAGAAAAACAACCAAAGAAAUUGAAAUUCGAUAAAGGCGAACAGAGUAAAUGCGAUUCAUCUAGCUCGACUCGCCCGCCGUUCCCCGAAUCAAAUUUAAAUGGCGAAUUGCCCCAAGGUGAAUCGGAGCACAUGUUUGCUCGAAACGUUGUGUGGACAUUUAACAAUAUUCAAAUGUUGUUAGGGACUGAUAUGCCCAUCUUCGGUGGUCGAACUCAUCCAUGUGUUAGUUUGAGAUUACGUGAUAUGUCAAAACCGAUUAGUGUUUUAACGGGGAUCGACUAUUGGUUGGAUAAUUUGAUGUGUAAUGUACCUGAAGUUGCGAUGUGCUAUCACAUUGAAGGAAUUGUUCAGAAGUACGAACUUAUAAAAACAGAAGAUUUGCCUUACAUGGAAGAUUCGAAAUUUUCGCCUGCUUUAAUUCGAGAUGUUGCGCAAAAUAUUUUAGCUUUUUUGAAAUCAAAUGCUACCAAAGCCGGGCACACUUAUUGGUUGCUUAAAGGAAAAGACGACGAUGUAGUGAAAUUAUACGAUUUGACAUCUCUGUGCUCGAAUAAUAUGGUUGAUAGUUCACAAAAUCCGUUCACUAUUCCAGUAGCAUUGUUGAUGUAUCGAGUAGCAAGGAAUAUGAUACAUUCUCCUCGAGUCAAAUUACCCACAAAUCCAGCUACGAUUCGUAUGUUAUUGAAGAACUGUAUAAAACUUUUACCGAAAGAGAAAUAUCCUCAGAUCAUCACAUCAGCCCACUACAUGUUUUCGGAUUCACUGAUUCCGUUGAAUACUGACCCAACUAGUCCUAAAUUAGAAGAUGUUAGCGAGAAGAUUUUCAAUGAUGGAUAUGAAAAGGAUAUCCUUUUUGAUGAGGAAGAAAAUGGAGAUGAAGCUGAUGUUGAGAUUAAAACGUUAUGCUUGUCAAAAAAAUUGAAUUAUUGUGGAGAAAAAGUUAAAGGAAAAAAUGUUUUUAACGAGGAAGAACCGGAAAUUAUGCGAAAUUUAGAAAAACGUUGUAAAGUUGCUAUCGAGCACAUUGCUGACGGAUUGAAUUGUCUGAAAUUUUUUGAUGAUGUGGAUGGUGAUAUGAAAGCGAAAUCACAAGAAAGUGAGAACUUGAACAUGGCACAUCCAGGUACACCAAUUCCUAUGCCGUACGAAUCCAUUAAAAAAGAAACAGAUGAUCAGAAUACCGUCAAAAAAUGCGAAUCAAAGAAGAAGAAAACUAUGAAAAAUAAAGAAGAAAAUUUCAAAUCCAUUGGAUCAUUAUUAUGUCAAUCACACAUUGAAACCAUGCCCACCUGGCAACAUCCGCCUGAAGUUGAUGAUAUCAUGGCUUGGAAAAGACAUUUAAAGAUCCUUCUUUACGAGAAAGCUUGUUUGGUGUAUGCUACUUUAGCUGAGUACGAGUAUUCUGUCGAAAGAUAUGGAAACGCUCUGAAACAUAUACGAUUUGUGUUGGAAAGUCGUGCUCAUCUAACAAAUGGUACUUGUGAAAAUAUAUUGAUGAGUUAUUUGCUCGGUCGUGCUGGUGAUUGCUGUUUUCAAAUUGGUAGAAAAUGGGACCUAGUGGAUAAUUAUAAAUUAGAAUAUUCUCAACUGGAAAAUUUCGAUACCAAAAUGAAACAUAUCCUAGACGAAGAAGAGGUGGAAAAAUAUAAAGAGUUGGAUUUUCUCCCAUCAGAAAUAACUAUGGUUGAUAAUAUACUGAAUAGCAGUUGGAUGUGUUACUCCAAAGCCUUAGAAUUAGAAAAUCGAGAUUUAGAACGCGAUAAUCUGCAGAGGAGACUUGGGAAUAUUUGUAAUGAAUUGGGUUCAUUUUAUAUGAAAAAAGCUAGAGAAACUAUGCCAGAUACCGAUGUGCCUAAAAAACAAGUCGAAGCAUUAUUCGCUAUAUCAAUGACCCAUUUAGAAAAUGGAAUCAAAGCUUUCAAAAGUGUCAACGAUGAUGCUAAUUUAGCUCUGCUGUAUUCGAAUACCGGUCGUUUGAUGCGUUUAAUGGCUCAUUUCUAUUCUGAAGAUAAUUUACCUCUUACUAAAGUUGCCAAAAAAUUUUAUAAUAAAGCUUUGAGCGAUUACCAAUCAGCGCUAACGGCUUUAAGCUACCGACGAUUGAAUCCAGAAAUUUGGGAUACAGUAUUCUACGAAUUGUCUACCACUCUUUACACGAUGGCAACUUUAUUGCAAGAUUAUUCUCCUCAGAAUUCUAUAACUAACAAGAGCGAGUUGGAGCGUGAAGUUGCGGAAUAUUUAUCAAAAGCUCUGAAAUAUUGUGAUAUGGAAACACCCGGUCCAAAACAACCGAUAUAUCAGUAUAGAGCGGCAGAUAUCCACCAUCGUCUUGCUAGUUUAUAUCAUAGCAUGUUCAGAGAUUUAGAUAAAGAAUUACCAAGGCGGAAUAAAAUCGCGCAGUUAUGUCAUUUACAUUACGAACGUGCUGUCAAAUUAUAUUUGAAUUUGGAACUUCCAGCUCAGUUCCUUCGAGCACAGUUAGAGAGAAUAGCGUUGUACGAGUAUUUAUCUGAAAGUUCAAUGGGAAACACUAGUAAAAUCAAGUUUUUGCAAAACGCAUUGGAUUUAGUACUACAGUGUGCUCCUAUCUUGAAAAUUAUAUGCGAAAGAAAAGAAAACGUGGUUUCAUCUUAUACUGUUGGAGAAGAUAAAGACAACCAAUACGGCGCUAAGUUGAAUACAAAAGAAAAAGUGAAAUUCCAAUUAGACGAUACUUCUAACCGUAAAGUCAGUUCUAGCAAUGGUGACAAUGAUGACAAUGAAUCGAAAGAACGGUUGAGCGCAGACGUAUUAGAUGAUUCAAACAACGAUAAAAAUCCAGAUCAUGAAUCCAAAGGCGAAAAAAGUAAAGCUAUCGAUGCUGGAGAUGAUGACGAUGAUGAUGAUGAUAAGAUCGACGAUAUCGUCGAAGAGAACAAAAUGUUAGAGCUUUUAGAAUCUCGUUUGCAAUACAUUUUACGCGUUUUAACUAAACGCUGUACCUUUCUAUCGUCGCAACCGAAAUUCUCAAGUCUUGCUGCCAAGUAUAAAAGCAUGUAUUCGGCGUUACUUAAAACCACCGAAGAUCAAUGCGGUAAAGUACGUCGUCUUUAUGAAAUAUUGCUAGAAUACGCUGAUAUUAAUAAUUAAUUUUUUUUUCAUUCUUUUUCACGGUGUUACGUUUUAUAAUUUGAUAAAUGUUCCUUUAAUUUGUAAUCGUAUUUUGCGUUUUGUAUAUUUAUUUUUUGCGAAUAAAUCGGUAUUUAUGAAAA